UACAACUAAAGUCACAAUGUCAAAAACUGAUAUCAAACCUGUUGUGAAGCCUACCAUUUUCCGAGAGUACAUUGGAAUGAUUGAUACUCUUGGAGAAAAUAUACAUGAUUUUCCAGCUGCCAUAAUUGACGACCACAUCCCAGAAUUCCACUUCAUUCUGGGAUUUGCCAGAGAGACUUAUGUUGGUGGAAAAGGCACAGGAUUGUUCAGGAGCACUUGGAACGUUAAUGACUUUAGCCCAGCAAAAGUGGUGAAAAUAAAAAAAGAGCAUAGGAACGUGAAAGUGGUAAUAACCAUCGGAAGCAAUGACGCUGACUAUCCAUUCAACCCUCAAAAUCUAGAUAGUUGGAUUGGAAAUGCAGUAACAUCAAUCAAAGUGCUCAUCCAAGACUAUGAAACGAAAAUUCAUCCAUGCGAGGUGGGUAACAUAAUUGAUGGCAUUGAUAUUAACUACGAAUACAUCAAAUCGAAGGAGAAUGAUUUUUCCUUUUGCAUAGGGAAAGUCAUAGAACUGCUUAAGAAGGACCUUGAUGUUUCGAAAUCCAUGAAAGUGGUGUCCAUUUCUCCCACAAAUAAUGUCAACCUCCACUACCUCAAAUUGUAUUCCAACAACCAAGAUAAUAUUGAUUGGAUUAACUACAAGUUCUAUAAUGAGGAUUUUCCCACAGAGAAAGAGUUUAAUCCUCAUUAACGAUGCAUCACUAGGUGGAGUUUUUAUUUGGAAUGCUAAUACCUCUGCCCCCACAUAUUCCAUUGAGAAAGAGCUUCUACACCUCUUCUAUACUAAAAAGUGAUUACUUACUAGGUUCUUACCUACCUGGUAAUUUGUUUUUAUUUCACGGGUCAUACAUACUAUAAUUAAUAGCAACGUCUUAUGCGUCAUGCUAUGUAUAGUAUGUUACAUAUUCUAAAUAAGACCUAUGAUUGAUUGUGUGUU